GGGACCCAGCGGAGUCCGCGUCCCCUGCCCUGGACCCGCAGCUGGACGGCGCCCAGAGGACCCGAGACCACGCCGCGUCCCCGCCGCCAGGUGCUCCCCGCGCAGUCCGGGAAGAUGUGGGCACCGAGGACUAUGCUGCCCUUGCCCGUCCCUCCUGCUCUCCCGGGAAACCUUCCGGCCCCUCAGUCUCCAGGCUCCGGGGCCACUGGGGGGAGGGGACGCGCCCCUGAGUUUGGGGUGGGGGGUUCAGCCGUCUGGCAGGGGGAAGGAAGUGGGGGAGCGGUUGGGCAGGUUAGUAGGCUGGAGGUGGAGUUAAUUGAGGGGCUAGAGAGCUCAUCCCAGACCUCCUCUGUGUGUCAGACAAACGACAGUUGACCUGGAGAGGGUGCCAGGCACCUUCAGGGGCUGCAGGUCACUUCUUCCUUGCUGCCUGGAGCAGGGACCGAGAUGUUAGAAGAAGGGGCUGCUCCUGGCCCUGAGGGUGAACAGUCCACUCUGGCCACCUUCCACAGGAAACCUGACCUGGGGGACCGAGCAGGAAGGAAACAGACUUUGCCACCAGUGCUGGUGUUGAACUCUGGCUGGCCCGACCCAGAGGACAGUCCUAUCUCCAGGGAGCUGGGGCCACCAGUCCACUCAGACAGUGACUCAGGCCAGCUGCCAGAGGAGGACCCCAUGGAUAUAUCUGCUCAGGAUCCUGCAGCUCCAAGCAUGUACCCACCUCUCCCAGACAACGGCCUCUCCCCCAACUGGCCUGGGGUUUGGACCCUCCUGCAGCAGCUCCCUCCACAGGACAGCGAUGAGCGCUACUGCCUGGCCCUUGGGGAGGAGGAGCUGGCCGAGCUUCGGCUCUUCUGUGCCCAGCGGAAGCAGAAGGCCCUGGGACAGGGGGUGGCCCAUCUGGUACCUCCUGAACUUGAAGGACACAUGUGUGAGAAGUGCAGGCAGCAGCUGAAGCCAGGAGAAGUUGGAGUGUUCGCAGCCCCUGAGGGCGAGCAGCGCUGCUGGCACCGGCCUUGCUUUGCCUGCCAGGCCUGCGGCCAGGUCCUGAUGCACCUCAUCUACUUCUACCACGAUGGGCGUCUCUACUGUGGCCGUCAUCACGCCGAAAUGCUGCGGCCUCGCUGCCCAGCUUGUGAUCAGCUGAUCUUCUCCCAGCGCUACACCGUGGCAGAGGGAAGGCACUGGCAUGAGAACCACUUCUGCUGCCAGGACUGCGCCAGGCCCCUAGCCGGGGGCCGCUAUGCCUUACCAGGGGGCAGCCCCUGCUGCCCCAGUUGUUUCGAGAGCCGCUACCCAGACGCAGGCUUGGGCCCACAGCGGGCACCGGAGGGGUGGGCGCCCCCAGGAACAGGGGCGCCCGGACCCGACCGCAGCGGAGGGAGCGCAGUGGCUCAAGUCCCCCGCGGCAUCCCGGUCACCCCUAGAAGGCGAGGCCGCCGGGACCCCGGGGAGAGCGCCCCCUGCCCCACUUGCUCCUCGUCCUCGGAUUCAGAACCCGAGGACUUCUUCCCAGGCCGGCGCCUUCUCCGGCCCCGGAAGAUCCCGGAGGACAGCGACGCCUCGGGAAAACGCUGCUCCGUCUGCUAGCGGCGCGGCGCAGCCCGACGGCGGCGGGUGGCGGCGGAGGGGCACUCCAGACUAAACGCAAUCGGGGCACCCUAGGGGAGGCGGCCAAGUGGCAAACGUCAGCGCCGCACGUCCUGUGACUUCUGGAGACUUCGGGGAGCCCCGUUCCCCGAAGCCGCGCUUCCCUGUGGGCUGGCCCACCCCCACAGGCUGCCUGCGCCGG